AUGGAAUUUCGACAUCAUUGGACUGUUUUCUGGACAAAUGGACAAUUCUUCACAGGACUGAGUGAAAUAUGGAAUUUUCGGCCACCGUGGCCUUCAGAAUCAAAAUUAUGGAUCUCCAGCAUCAGGAUCUGCACCUAAAAGCAAAAAAUUACAUAGGGAAAAUAGAGAGAAUAGGCUAUGUUAGGGCCCUUAGCGAUGGAGUUACCAGUUUUAACCAUAUUUUUUAAAAAUUUUCGUCUAAUUUUGGUGAUUUCAGUGUCUCCAAACAACGUCGGCCAGGCCUCCGGCCACCGCUCGAGCCCAGCAUCCGAGCGCCAAGCCCAUUCCGCGCAGGCUGAACAACUGCCGGCGGUAAUGGCCCCUCCUCUGGUUGGCCAGCACCCAACCGGCGUCCCAGAGGAGGGUAAAGGGGGUCAAGCAGUACCACUGGCCCCUCGGGCUUCGGCCCAGAACCUGCCCCAACCGACCAGGCCGACCACCUGCCGGCGGUUGAGGGCUCGGAACGAUCAUUGGACAUGGACUUCUCCAGCUUUUCGGACUGCAGUUCCAGUACGAGUGAGGAGCACUCCACGCUGCAUGACGUCCCCUCGAUCAGAUCACUCGAAAUCUUCGAUGAGGGUGCAGCGUGUGAGGAGACGUUAGCGGAUCAAAACGACCGCCUCCGAUUCCAAAGAGACUUCUGGAAGACCCAAUGCCGCACACUUUGGGAACGACAAGAGACGUUCGAGAAGAAGGUCAAGUUCUACCAAGAAGCCCUGGUAGAGGCGGAAGUUGAGGCCAAGAAAGCCAAAGAAGCAGCCUCCGUCGCCACAAAAAAGGCCGAAGAAGAAAGAGCACUGAAGGAAGCGGCAGAGAAAGAAGUAGCCGAAUUACAAGCCCGCCUUCUGACACAUCUUCGGACAGCCGUCGCCGAUGACCGGCCGCCAAGGGCCGAAAGAUCCAGGUCCAGAAGUCCGCUGAUGAGGACGGCGUGGUCAAUAACGCCGACAACAGCAGAAAUCCUAAGGAUCGACGUCACCCAGCCUCCAGCGACCCAACACCCACCGCCACCCGCAGAUCAGGGAUAUGAGGUCCAAGAACAAAAUCACGAGGCUCCUGGGCCUCUGCGAAGAAUGCCAAAGUGCAAACGGCGAUGUUGCUACCAGCCCUCAGCCGAUCCUCAACGGCCUCGGCCCCCCCGAAGGUCGAGGGAACUGCAAGGACUUGGCCCAGUGCUUCAAGAAGAGGACAAUGGCCCAGAAGAACACCAACGUCCACGAAGAGAACGAAGGCCUCCUUCACGGCUCAUCGUGGACAUGGCGAGCCGAUCGUAUCGGACUUCACAGGAGCCCAGGUUGCCUCGUAAGUCAAUUUUUUCGAUAUCUUUACCAUUUUUACCCAAAAGCCCUUCAAAAAUUAUCAAUUUCGCAUUUUUUCAAACGCUAUAUUUACUAUCGCAAUUUUAAUCAAGAUUUUUUCAGAUCGAAGGGCAAAUCCAUACUAAGUGGCCAAAAAUUCAACAUGGCGCAGUCAUUCAUGCCUAAUAACGUAAGGUUUUCGCAGCGUCCCUCCAAUAAUCCUAAUUUUUUAGCAAUUUGUCCAAUUCAACCUCGACAAGCAACCACGUGGGUUGACCAAAUGCACUCAAACCUUAGUUCGACCGGCUGGAACGAGAAAAAAGUAAGUUUUUUUGCAAAACUAUUUUUGCGAGCUGCGCCCAAUAAAAGAACAAUUGCUUUUUGUUAUACGCUGUUGGAUUUUGGGGGCAUAUUGUAGAAGAAAAUGGUAGCAUUCGCGGUAAAAUGACUCGUAACAAACCGCUAAAAACCUAGCUUUUUGCCGGCGGCUUCAUAGUUUUAUUGCUUACCUUGUUUUAGACAGAAAAAACAUAAUUUGAUCGAUCCAUUUUUUCAGAUGCCCAACUCAUGGCCGAACCGGAGCACCCGGCCCCCCACUUCAUCCGGGGGCCCUCUGGAAUACUUGCGGGUGCUCGGUGAGAUCAAAUAAUGUAAGAUUUUGCUUCUUUGAAGUUUUUGAUCUUAAACUAGACUAAAGUAAUAUAUUAUAAUUUCAUUAUAUUUUCAGGUGAAGACCGGUACAAAGGGAAGAGAGGCGCCCUGGCCCCCUGAAUGA